AUGAUAGAAAAUAGCGGCGAAGAAAAUCAAUUUUUGAAUAGAGAGGUUAGUUUUUCCUGUACUUCAUUUUCAGUCAAUCAAAUUAUUUUUCCAGAAUGUUCCUCCUCCCACAAUUUCCAUAUAUUGGAACAAUUUCUUGAAUUACCUUGCCAAAAAUAGAUGGUGGAAAACAGCAUUCGAAGUUAUAUACCGUUUGCUCGUGACUUUUUUGAUAGCAACAUUUUUCUAUUAUUUGAAUCAAUUCAAUACAAUUCGUAAAUUCGACGAAAUCCCGUGUCAGAGAAAAUUUGCAAUUAAAUUUAAACCCGAUAAUUUCAUCACCAUCCCUGAAUAUCAAGAUGAGUUGGAAAAAUUUCGCGGGGCACUGAUUUUGCUGCAAAUUGCUCCACUUAUCAAUCGAUAUCCCACCAUCAAUAAAUCAGCCGAAUUUUGCAAAUUGUUCUCGCACUUAUGCACAAAAUUUGAAGAUUAUGGGGUACCUGCUAAAACAGACCAUCUGAAAAUCGAUCUACCGAAUUCGUAUCAUCCAAAAUAUUUGAACUUUUUGGAAGUUUGUGAUCCAGUCAGGACGAUUGUUGUUAAUACAACCGGGAAGGUUAGUAGAGGAAUUUUUGGGCCUCAAAAAUAUUUUUUUUCAGAGUUACAAAUAUUUCGACUCAAUAAACAUUACCCGAUAUCUGCGACCUACUUUGAAACAAGAACAAAAUAUCGAUUUGCAAUUUGAUCCGAAUGAUUCGACAAAAUCGAUUACUUGUGUUCAUAUUGAAGGCUCUUCUACACUCGGAGCGAAUUCAGCAACUAUCAGCAAAAUUCUUGCUUCCAAAAUUCUUCCCGAAGAUCCCGACAUCAUCUAUUUCUUAUCAACUAAUGGAUUGUGGAGAUAUCUUCGCGAUAAUUUGCAUGAGAAUUGGCCUCAUCAACAAUAUCGAGAUAUUCAAAUAUCCGAUCAACUUGAGACAAUCUUCUUUGCGAAAAAAUUUUGCGAUCAAGUUUUCCUAACUUCGCCGAAAUCUGAAGUUGGUUGGUGGAUUGGAUACGUUUCAAGAAACGUUCACUAUCUGAGCAAGUUCAACAAUUCGACGCAUAUUAUUGAUGGUCUCACUGAAGCUGAUGUUUAUCCGGAAAAUUGGAUCAAACUUUGA